GCCUGCCUCUGUUCAUAAAUUGAGAUCGUCCAGACCCCAACAACAACGGCCUGCGAAACCGAAGCUGCUACGGCUAGGACAGCGAGAACGCGUGCCGCUGAUCGAACUCAAAGCCACCGAGCAAGCGACGAGGUCUCCUGCACCGGCGCCAAGGCGAUCCAGCUCCCCACAAAUAAUGGCGGCGCCCUACAACGACGGAGCUCCGGCCCAGGCGCCGACCCCGGUGGCGGUGGUGUCCCCGCCGCAGUUCUGCGCGCCGUACGCGGUGCCGCUGACGGUGGUCAAGAAGGCCAUCAGCCUCUCCGGCGGGGACUUCGUCGUCACCGACGCCAACGGCGCCGAGAUGCUCCGGGUAAAGGGCGCCGUCUUCAGCGUCCACGACCGCCGCGUCCUCCACGACGCCGCCGGCCAGCCCCUCGUCUCCAUGCGGGAGAAGGUAUUUAGCAUGCACAACAGAUGGGAAGUUUUCAGAGGGGACAGCACCAACGCGAGCGAUCUGCUCUUCACAGUGAAGAAAGCUUCGGUGUUCCAACUGAAGACAGAGUUGGAUGUCUUCCUGGCCGGCAACACCGCACAGCAAGCCUGCGAUUUCAAGAUCAAGGGCAGCUACUUCGAGAGAUCAUGCGCCUUCUACCUCGGCAACUCCAACAACAUGAUCGCUCAAAUCAACCGCAAGUACACAGCAGCAAACGUGCUGCUCGGGAAGGACACCUUCGUCGUCACCGUGUUCCCGCAUGUCGACUACGUGUUCAUCGCGGCUCUUGUUGUGAUCUUGGAUGAGAUUCACAGGGAGCGAUUCGACUGAUGAUUCACAUCGGCCUUAAAAUUAAAGCUUCCAUCGAGUUCAAUAAUGGCCUUGAUAUUGUCACAAUGCUAUCUUGUAUUCCUUGUUGCAUGAAAAAUUGUGCUGCCCAGAGAUCAAUUUUUCAACUGUUUUAAUAAUGUGAAUGUGAUUGUAGUUUGUGGGUUGUCAUGCAA